AUGAUUUUCAGUUACUUGGAGGUAAGGGACAAAGGUAGGGUGGCCCAAGUGUGUGCGGCCUGGAGGGACGCUUCAUAUCACAAGUCUGUGUGGAGGGGGGUGGAAGCGAAGCUGCAUCUGCGGAGGGCCAACCCGUCCCUGUUCCCCAGCCUCCAUACCCGGGGCAUUAGGAAGGUUCAGAUCCUAAGCCUGCGGCGCAGCUUAAGCUAUGUAAUCCAGGGGCUGCCAAACAUCGAAAGCCUUAACCUAUGCGGCUGUUUUAACCUCACGGACAACGGACUCGGACAUGCUUUUGUUCAGGACAUCCCGUCCUUGCGAGUCCUCAACCUCAGCCUUUGCAAACCAAUCACAGACUCAAGCCUGGGCAGGAUUGCCCAGUAUCUGAAAAACCUGGAGGUGCUGGAACUCGGAGGUCUCAGUAACAUUACCAACACAGGCCUUCUUCUCAUCGCCUGGGGCUUGCACAAACUCAAGAGCCUUAACUUGCGGAGCUGCAGGCAUGUGUCAGACGUGGGCAUCGGUCACCUGGCUGGGAUGACACGAAGCGCCGCCGAAGGCUGCCUCUCCCUGGAGCAGAUGACCUUACAGGACUGCCAGAAACUGACAGACCUGUCCCUCAAACACGUCUCCAAGGGACUGGCCAAGCUCAAGGUGCUCAACCUCAGCUUCUGCGGCGGCAUAUCGGACGCAGGUAUGAUCCACCUGUCGAACAUGACUCACCUGUUAAGCCUCAACCUGCGGUCGUGUGACAACAUCAGCGACAUGGGCAUCAUGCACCUGGCCAUGGGGUCUCUGCAGCUCUCCGGCCUGGAUGUUUCCUUCUGUGACAAGAUAGGUGACCAGAGCCUGGCCUACAUCGCCCAGGGGCUGUACCAGCUCAAGUCUCUGUCCCUGUGCUCCUGCCACAUCAGUGACGACGGGAUCAACCGGAUGGUGCGCCAGAUGCACGAGCUCAAGACGCUGAACAUCGGGCAGUGCGUACGCAUCACUGACAAGGGGCUGGAGCUGAUCGCUGACCACCUGACGCAGCUCACUGGUAUCGACCUGUAUGGGUGUACCAAAAUCACCAAGCGGGGCCUGGAGAGGAUAACGCAGCUCCCGUGCCUUAAAGUUUUAAACCUGGGACUCUGGCAGAUGACGGAGAGUGAGAAAGUGAGGUGA